AUGGUGGCGCGGGCCUUCAUCCUGUUGGCACUCUUUGCAGAAGCCUCAGCAAAAUCAUGCAUUCCAAAUAAAGCAGAUGUCAUCCUUGUGUUUUGUUACCCCAAAACCAUCAUUGCUAAAAUCCCCGAGUGCCCCUAUGGAUGGGAAGUACACCAGCUGGCACUCGGGGGUGUGUGUUACAACGGGGUCCAUGAAGGGGGCUAUUACCAGUUCGUCAUCCCAGACCUAUCUCCCAAGAACAAGUCCUACUGCGGCACUCAGUCAGAGUACAAGCCCCCCAUCUACCACUUCUACAGCCACAUCGUGUCCAACGACAGCACAGUGGUUGUGAAGAACCAGCCUGUCAACUACUCCUUCUCCUGCACCUACCAUGCAACCUACCUGGUGAACCAGGCUGCUUUUGACCAGAGAGUGGCCACUGUUCAUGUCAAGAAUGGGAGCAUGGGCACAUUUGAAAGCCAGUUGUCCCUCAACUUCUACACUAACGCCAAGUUUUCCACCAAGAAAGAAGCUCCUUUCAUUCUGGAAACAUCCGAAAUCGGUUCAGACCUGUUCGCAGGAGUAGAAGCCAAAGGGCUAAGCACUCGGUUUAAGGUAGUCCUGAACAGCUGCUGGGCCACCCCCUCGGCUGACUUCAUGUACCCCUUGCAGUGGCAGCUGAUCAACAAGGGCUGCCCCACUGAUGAAACUGUCUUCGUGCAUGAAAACGGCAAGGACCACAGGGCAACUUUCCAAUUCAAUGCCUUCCGGUUCCAGAACAUCCCCAAACUCUCCAAGGUUUGGUUACACUGUGAGACAUUCAUCUGUGACAGCGAGAAGCUCUCCUGCCCAGUGAACUGCGACAAACGGAAGCGGAUGAUGCGUGAGCAGACAGGGGGUGUCCUGGUGGUGGAGCUGUCCUUGCGGAGCAGGGGACUCUCCAGCCUCUGUGAUUUCUCAGGUGUUCUUUAUCACCUCGUCCUGAUGCUGGGGAUCUGUGCUGUGCUAUAG